AUGUCUGAGCAGAUUCUCGCAGGCAAGACGUGCCUCGUCACCGGUGGAGCUGGUGGAUUGGGCAAAGCGAUCGCGACUCACUUCCUCGGCGCUGGCGCCAACGUGGUGAUUUGCGACAUCAACGACGAGCGUCUACAGCAAGCCUCGGCAGAAUUGUCCUCGAAGGGACCCCUCCGGGCCAUCAAGUCCGAUAUCACUAAAUUCGAUGAGGUGAAAAGUCUAUUCGACGAGCUGAUCCGGGAAUUCGGCAAGAUUGACGUCUUGGUGAACAAUGCUGGUAUCAUGGACCAUUUCGCCCCCGUUGGCGAUUUGGAUGUUGAGCAAUGGGAGCGGGUGAUGGCCCUGAACCUCACUGCCCCUAUGGUCCUGAGCAAAAUGGCUGUUAAAAACAUGCUGGAGCAACCGAAGCCUGAUGGUCGCAUUAUCAACAUCGUCUCUGUUGCUGGUCGAGCUGGAUGGGCUGCCGGUGCCGCUUAUACUGCCAGCAAGCAUGGCUUGGUUGGAUUGACCAAGAACACUGCCGCCUUCUACGGCAACAAGGGCAUUCGCUGCAACGCCAUGAUGAUGGGUGCUAUGAACACCAACAUUGCCGACGUGUUCAAGACCGGUAUGCACAUGGAGGGCUACCAGAAGAUGAACUCCAUCUACGAGUCUAUGCAGGCUCCUGCCUGCGAUCUGGAUGAGGUUGCUGGGUUCUGCGUGAACUUGACUUACGGUCCGGGUGCCAGUGUCAUCAACGGCGCAUGCAUUGCUAUCGACAACGGCUGGACCUGUGUCGUUGGCUAA